GAACAACCGUCCCCUUAAGAAAUACCUCUCUUCUCCGCAAUCCACGUCUCCAGUUCUCAAAUAAUACACAUACCUAAACACGCUUUUUCAAACCGCAAUCAUGGAUGAAGAUCUCGUCGCUUUCGGCAUCGUAAUGAUGCUCUUCCUCUCUUUCCCCUUCCUCACGGUUCUCAGCAUUACCGGAUGCGUCGCCUACUCCCGCACCAAGACAUGGGACAAAGCGCGUAACCAGCGCGCCGUUGGCCUCGAGUCUUCCAACGGAGAAACCAACCGUCUCGUCUCUGACGAGGCUGAUGAAGAGUCCGACUUCUACGACACCGACGACGAGGAGGAACACAAGAAGAACAAGGCGGAAGAGGAAGCCGACAAGUACCUCACCUUCAACCAAAAGUUCCGUAAGGAGUUCAGGAAGGUGUGGUCAGGCAAGGGCAAGGGCGAUAUCAUCAAGCAGAAGGAGCGCGAGGAGCGCAGGAAGUUGGCCAAGGCAGUCGCAAGGGAGAUGGACCGUAGGGAGAGAAGGAAGGCGAGGGCUGCCGCUAAGGCGCAGUCCGAGGACUUGCCGGCAUACACCAAGGCGUAGUUUAACUACGCUGGUCUAGCCCUGUCAUGAGCAGUAACAGCUACUGCAAAGUGGCAAAGGCGGACAACUUUCUCUCUUGGCCAUAAAUUGAUACCCCAUAAAAUUAAACUCAUACAUCAGCACUUCUUCCACGAAAGAUUCAGUAUUUCACCAAAUGCGGCAUCCGCUGAACCCC